AGGGAGAGAGCGGGUCCCGCUGCACGCGCCACCUGCGGGGCUGGCUGGCUUCCUCAUCCUGGGGACACAGUUUCCCCGCGGGAGUUCGGGAGCGCGCGGGCUAGCGCGCACACAGGCUCGCAUCCACACACUCCAGAGCGCGCGAUCAUCACUGCUGCAGCCCCGGCCGGGCAAACGGAGCUGCUGCAGUUUCCUUGAGCCCAGAUUCGAGGGGGGAAGCAGAACCAUUGUGCCUCGCAGAGAGCCAGGUGCCCACCGGCCCCCUUGGGUAUCAAGCCCGGCAGACUGCUCCCCGUCAUCGGCUGGAAUGCUUGCAGAUUCUUCUCAAAACUUCUAAGCCUGACUCUGAGGACCCAGCUGGAGAAUGCCGUCUGAACGCUGCCUCAGUAUUCAAGAAAUGCUGACGGGCCAGAGGCUGUGCCACUCAGAAUCGCACAAUGACACUGUCCUCGCAGCACUGAACCAGCAAAGAAGUGAUGGCAUUCUCUGCGAUGUGACCCUGAUUGCCGAGGAGCAGAAAUUCCAUGCUCACAAGGCAGUCCUAGCGGCCUGCAGUGACUACUUCCGGGCAAUGUUCAGUCUUUGUAUGGUGGAAAGUGGAGCUGAUGAAGUGAAUUUACGUGGUGUGACCAGCCUGGGCUUAAAGCAGGCUCUGGAGUUUGCAUACACAGGACAGAUUUUGUUGGAGCCAGGAGUGAUCCAGGAUGUGUUAGCAGCUGGCAGUCACCUACAGCUGUUGGAGCUUCUCAAUUUGUGUUCCCACUAUCUCAUCCAGGAACUAAAUAGCUUUAAUUACUUGGAUCUGUACAGACUUGCUGACCUCUUUCACCUCACUUUGUUGGAGAAGGCAGUGAUUGAUUUCCUAGUGAAGCAUCUCUCGGAGCUCCUGAAGAGCCGCCCAGAGGAUGUUCUCACGCUGCCCUACUGCCUGCUUCAGGAGGUGCUGAAGAGUGACCGCCUGACCUCCCUGAGCGAGGAGCAGAUCUGGCAGCUAGCUGUGAGGUGGCUGGAACACAACUGCCAUUACCAGCAUUUGGACGAGCUCCUGCAGUACAUCCGCUUUGGCCUAAUGGACGUGGAUACUCUCCACACGGUUGCCCUGUCCCAUCCCCUGGUGCAGGCAAGCGAGACCGCAACUGCCCUUGUCAAUGAGGCCCUGGAGUAUCACCAAAGCAUCUAUGCACAGCCUGUGUGGCAGACCUGCAGGACCAAACCGCGCUUCCAGUCAGACACUCUCUAUAUCAUUGGUGGGAAAAAGCGUGAGGUCUGUAAAGUCAAGGAACUUCGGUACUUCAACCCCGUGGAUCAGGAGAACGCUCUCAUAGCCGCCAUUGCCAACUGGAGUGAGCUGGCUCCCAUGCCGGUGGGAAGGAGCCAUCACUGUGUGGCGGUCAUGGGGGACUUCCUGUUUGUAGCAGGAGGGGAAGUGGAGCAUCCCAUUGGGCGGACAUGUGCAGUGAGGACUGCCUGUCGCUAUGACCCUCGCAGUAAUUCCUGGGCAGAGAUAGCACCCAUGAAAAACUGCCGGGAGCAUUUUGUGCUGGGUGCCAUGGAUGAAUUCCUCUAUGCAGUAGGGGGCAGGAAUGAACUGCGCCAGGUUCUACCCACAGUGGAACGGUACUGCCCCAAGAAGAACAAAUGGACUUUUGUGCAGUCUUUUGACCGAUCCCUUUCGUGUCAUGCUGGAUAUGUGGCUGAUGGUCUUCUUUGGAUAUCAGGUGGGGUAACUAACACGGCACAGUAUCAGAACAGACUGAUGGUGUAUGAACCCAACCAGAAUAAGUGGAUAAGCCGCAGCCCCAUGCUACAGAGACGGGUCUACCACUCCAUGGCUGCUGUCCAGAGAAAACUUUAUGUUCUUGGAGGCAAUGACCUAGACUACAAUAAUGACCGGAUUCUUGUGCGCCAUAUAGAUUCUUACAACAUUGACACUGACCAGUGGACACGCUGUAAUUUCAACUUGUUAACCGGCCAGAAUGAAUCUGGAGUUGCUGUCCAUAAUGGGAGAAUAUAUUUAGUUGGUGGAUAUUCAAUUUGGACAAAUGAGCCUCUGGCUUGUAUCCAGGUACUGGAUGUAAGCAGAGAAGGCAAAGAAGAGGUGUUCUAUGGACCUACACUUCCCUUUGCUUCGAACGGAAUAGCAGCAUGCUUCCUUCCGGCUCCAUAUUUCACAUGCCCUAACCUUCAGACUCUUCAGGUGCCUCAUCACAGGAUCGGCACAAUUUGAAAAGCCAGCACUCGGUCAGACCGCAUCAACAGGAGACUGAAGGAGAGCUUGACAUUGGAUAUGGGGCAUGAACAUCCUCCGUGCUCAAUGCUUCCCUGUAUUGUUUUUACAGGUCUAAACUUGUGAUAAAUACUAGAAAAAAAAAAAGAACACUUUUCUAAAACAUAUUGAGAAUCCUGUCACUUCUUUUCAGUGUAUGUUAACAUACAAUAUGUAUAACUUUUGUCGUGGUGCAGCUUAAUGCCAUCUUACUGGCACAUGAUUGUUUCAUGGAUCUUUAAAACAUUCCUUGUACCCUGUUCUAAUCAGCGCCAUCCAGGAUCAUGUAACACUGUUAGUAAGGUACCUUUUACACAUGGCAUCAGUUUUCUCAUAUCUUCCGUACUUCUGCCUUUUACUACUUAAACAUCAGAGGGUUACUUCUCAAAGCUUAAUGUGCUGCAGCUCUGCUCAGAAGAGGUUCAGCAGGUGACAUCAUAAGCUCUACGUGCCAUAUCUUAGUCAAGGUGACAGGAGCAAUGGACUUGGAAAAGUUCGCUUUUCAACCCUGCUUACUCUGACCUGAGUCAGACCUUUACAGGCUCAGGGUUCUUUGGAGCCUUGUAACUGAACCACAUCUUGUGGAUAAACGAGUCUGAGAUUAUCAGAAAGACACUGUACCUAUCCUUAGUAGGAACACCAAAGAUUCCUAAACUUGUACAAAUUCUUGCCUGAAAGAAUUCUCUUAAAUGCCUCAUCUAGCCGUACUACCCAUGGCAUCACAGAAGGCUGUGACAUAAGUCUGAACCGAGAGCUGGCAGUUCUAAUGGACAUUUUCCAAGUUAUUAAAGGCUAUGUCAAUCUUGACGACUUGUGGGAUUCUCCACCACUGCCAAUACAUUUUUUAUUACCACCACUUUUAAUAAUGCAUAGUUCUUUUUUUUAGUCUAGAUUUUUGGGUUUACUUUAUCUACAACUACAAAUAAAUAAGUCAUCUUAAUAAUCACAUUUUAACCUACACUCAACAUGUUUUUUUCUAGUCUUGCAGAGACUUCAGGUCAUUUUUAUUAAAAAGUUGCUUUCUCGCAGCCGCUCAGUCAUGUCAGCAGUGCUUAUAUCGGAGAAUUUGUCUGUUUUACUCAUGGAACCACUUUUUAAAAAUCAUCAUAAGUAAAUGAAAAAAUAAUCCUUUUCUUUUUGUUCAGGGUGGCUUCGAUUGGCUAUGUGGCUAUGCUGGCCUCCAACUCAUGAUCCUCCCAAAUAAAACAAUCUCUUUACCUUAGCAAAUCACUAACUUUAAGCACUGUAGUGAGAUACCUAGAGCACUGUUCUAAGAAUGUAAAUCAUCUGGUUCCUGGGUUAAAGGGCAGGAAUUGAUAGAAAGGGUGAGGAGGAAAGGGAACAAACACGAGUCCAGACAGAGCAGUUACAGCUGGGGCAGAUGAAUGGAGAGAACACUUUUAAAGGCUGCCUAUGAGCCUUCAGAAGUCAACGUAGUCCUGUCAGGAAAGUGCAUUCCUGCCCUCCUGAAUUCUUGCAACACAGACCUUAAUAACAGGUGUUUCAGACUUACUGACCUUUCUACUUGAUAUAUGAAUCUUCUCUCUAGCAGUUUUCCUUGUAAAACCAUUAAAUAAUGUUAUAGUAAAUAAAUAAAUAGUUAUGUUCCCAGUCCAACAUCUUGAAUGAAAGGAAAUGGCUUAAAAAAAAGCUUGCCCGACUGACAACCUUAGACUUCUGUAUUCAUUUCUAACCAUUCACUUAAGCCAGCAUAAACUACCAAUUUCUCCUUGAUGUUCAUCAUGGUACACUUUUUGCAGAGUGUGGGAAUAUUCCUCACAUCUAUAAUCAAAGAACAGAAUCAAAACUAUCACACUCCUUUACUAAAAAGAAAAAUCAUCCAGAUCGCACAAUUGGAUCCUUCCCUCAAAAUCAUCUGCAAUGAGAAAAAAAAUGUAUGAAAUUAUAUUUUGUGUAUAUUAUAAGCAAAUCCCAUCCGAAAUACUCAACUAUACACCUAUCUACGAUUCCAGUGUAGUUUCCUAUAGUAAUUUGUCCUCUAUUUUCAAUCCUCAGAAUUAAAGACUGUAUUUUAUUUUCCAUAUAAGACCAAAAGACUUUGAAGUAUUUAAACAUCAUUUGAGGAUUUUACUUUAAAACAUAAAACAAGUUUCAACAAUCACUCUGUUGUGAGAGGAAAAGCUAGCAAAGACAUGGUUCUCUGUCUACAAUAUAAGAUGCAGUAAGUCCCCCAAUCUUUAAAAUGUUAACUAAAUUACAAUUAUGGCACUUUUUGUACCUUCUUGCUUUCCUCACACCUAAAGGACAUGUGUAACAUCCCCUUCAGCUACUGCAAAAGUGGAAACCUUCAAUUGUUUUCCCACAAAUUAUAAAUGCAAUAGGGACAAAACAGACACUGUUUCUCUAGGUAACAUGGUUCAUCUUUAUUUUCAUUGUGUAAUCACUGACACAAUGUAAGUCAAAUGCAUACAUUAAAUUUUACCUACCCAUCUUUCAUCUUUAUUAUAUGCAAACAACCUACAAACUUCAUAUAAAAUAAUAUCUAUAACUUGUAAUGAACUGGGCCACUAUUAGCACAAUGAAGUUCUAAGGAAGGACUGUGGAUGUAAACCAGUUGGUAGAGUGCUUGCCUUGCCUGCAGGAAGCCGGGGUUCCAUCUGUGGUGACUCAUGCUUGUAAUCCCAGUUUGCUUGGGAAGUGAAGGUCAGAGGAUCCGAAUUCAAGGUCACUCUUGGCUACCAAGAGUUCAAAGAAGCCAGCCUGAAGCAGAGAUUCUGCCCCCGUCUUUCACAAGUAAAUACAUAAAUAAAAUAAUAAAAUUGGUCAAUUAUAACCAGGUGGUACCAAUCUAGGUAACCUCGCCAUACAGAUGAAAACACAAUUCUUGUAUUUAACCAAUAUAGGAAAGAAUAUGCUAUUUUGCUAGAAUCCUAGACUGGUUGAUUGUCUUAAGCAAAUAAAGCACACUGUUUUUACUAGAAUUUUAUACUCUUGCUUGAGUAGGCAACACAUUUGACUCUAAGAAGGGUAGGCAUUUGGUUUUGCUCAGUGCAGAAAAGAUUUAGGAUGUAGAGAGAGCAGAUUUCCUCAAGGGUUUCCCAAACUCAGAAACAUACAAAUUUUUAUAUAAAAUCUCAACUGCCAAAGGUCCUGUGAGAAUUGAGUGUGGUUAUUUUGAUGAUGUUCACCUGUCACUCCGUCACUCCAGUACUUGGUGGGAGGCUGAGGCAGGAGGAUUGUGUGUUUAAGGUUGGCCUGGGAUACAUGGCAGGACACUCAAAAAAGAAAAGAACCAACAACAAAACCUAACAGGAGAAAAAAAAAAAAAAGAUGUUUAGUGAGAAUACAUGGAAAUAAGCC